GGGGCGGGACCGGCGCUGCUUGUCUCUCCCCGCCCCGCUCGGGCCCGUGAGCGUGGGCCAUGGCGGCCAGAAACACGGGCACCGAGCUGGAGCUUGGCUGGAUUUCCAAAGUGUAUGUGAAUCCACCUGCAGUUGUAAGGCAUGCAGAACAAAUUCAGAAAUGGCGGACUCUGAAAGGUAACUGGCAAGCUGCUUGGCUGUUGAAAGCUGUCACCUGCAUAGACCUUACCACUCUCUCAGGUGAUGAUACUCCUUCAAAUGUUCACAGACUGUGUUUUAAAGCUAAGCAUCCCAUCAGAGAGGAUCUACUGAAAGCCAUGGAUAUGCACGAUAAAGGUAUUACUGUCGCAGCGGUUUGUGUAUAUCCUGCAAGAGUCACCGAUGCUGUUAACGCCCUGAAGGCUGCUGGUUGUAAUAUACCAGUAGCUUCAGUGGCUGCUGGGUUUCCAUCUGGACAGACUCCUCUAGAAACUAAACUGGCUGAAAUAAAGCUGGCUGUGCAGUAUGGUGCCAGAGAGAUUGAUAUCGUCAUUAGCAGGAGCCUGGUGCUGAGUGGCCAGUGGGAAGCUCUGUAUGAGGAGAUCCGCCAGUGCCGUGAGGCCUGUGGAGAAGCUCACAUGAAAACAAUCCUAGCAACAGGUGAACUAGGGUCCCUUGCUAAUGUCUACAAAGCCAGUAUGAUCGCUAUGAUGGCAGGUUCUGAUUUUAUAAAGACAUCUACAGGAAAGGAAGUGGAAAAUGCAACUCUUCCAGUUGGAACAGUCAUGAUGCGAGCCAUUAAAGAAUUCUACUGGCAAACCGGCUUUAAGGUUGGAUUUAAGCCUGCUGGCGGUAUUCGGACAGCAAAAGAAGCUAUUACUUGGCUUAUGCUGGUGAAAGAGGAACUGGGAACGGAAUGGCUGAAACCAGAGCUCUUUCGCCUUGGUGCUAGUAGUUUGUUGGAAGACAUUGAGAAACAGAUAUAUCCACCACGUGACUGGCUCUUAUGCACUUCAACACGACCUGGCAAUGGCUUAAACACAAAAUCAACUCAGGAUUAUUUUUAUAAAAGAAGCCUUUAAGAAAGCAUUCAGAAGUCUUCUGACAACUGAGUGCGUUUGAUAGAAUGAAAGGCGUGAUGAUCUCUUUUUCGUACACUACAGCAUUUAAAAAUAUGCUCAAGUCUGCUGGUUGCACUUGAUCAAAAAGUGGGGAAAAAAAAUGGUAAUUCUGGAACAGUUAAAUAGUUAAUACUUACAGAUUUGCAAAGUUAAUCUUGCAAAGUCGUCCUCAGCCCAGCCUGAAAAGCUUAUUAAUGGCAACACUGAAAUACUAUGAAAAAGAUUUGGGUGUCCUGGUAACACUUUUCAGUCUGAGAAAUGAAGUAUCUAAAGAAUGUUUCAUAUUGCUAAUUAAGAGCUACAGAUCUUGGAACAGCUUUCCAUUCACCUCUGACUAGAUCUUUGGUAGGGGUACUUUGCACUGUUAAUUGUUAUGCUGAUUUGGUUUCAAGCAUUGUAACCUGAGGAAACGAAACUUGGUUAUUUCUUUCUUUUAUAAAAUCUUGGUAUCAAAAAACCUUUCUUUUUAUUUUUUUAUUUUUUCUGCCAAACUUGGGCACAGACAUCCAUAUUUAGACCCUUGAAUAAAGGUGGCUUGAUUUCUAGAGCAGCUGAGUAUCCACAGUUGCUCCUGAAGCUAAUGGGAGCUCUGGGUGAUCAGAACAACUGAAAAUCAAGCAGCUUCUAUAUAGGUGCCUAACUAUGCAUUCAGGAGGCUAUUUGCAGGCAUUUCACUCUUAAAAAUUUUAGUCUGUCUUGCUUAGAAGCUCCCUUUCCUGUCUCCUGUCAUUUUUAAACACAUUCAUGCAAAUCUUUGCAUUUUAAUGUAGGGGGGGUUGAUUGUCAGUUUACAGGUUUCUCCGCUAUGCUAUCUGAACUUCAGCUUUUCCCUUCUAAGAGGAUUUCUGUAAUUUAUAAGAAUUGUGUCCUGUACAGAGUUUCAGCUUUAAUGAAAAAGUGCUUUUCUCAGAGGACAUUACGAAUAAUACCUAAAUCAUCAACACCUUUGGAAUAUCAGGCUGGAGCUGGUAGAUUCAUUACUUCAGAGCUGCAUUCUACUCACUAACCGGAGUUGUACUAAAAACUUAAUUAUCUUAUCAUCACGACUAGUCUCACUGACUUAAGUAGGUCUCAUCAGGGAAGUAAGAGGAGGAGGAUUUUGUUAUAAAUCAAGCUACAAGGUGCAUUUAUUACAAAAAGAUCUUGACUUCAUAAAGAUAAUAACUCAGUUAUGUAUCUGGCUAAGCCACCUGAGUCGCUAGUGCUCUGUGUAACACAGUAUGGAGAGGUUUGGCCUUCUGAAGAGUCUUACACAGCCUGAGGAAUAAGCAGAUGGCUGAGCAUUUCCGGGUGACUGGCUGUCUUUGAGAUAGCUAGCAACAGUGCAAGUCCAUCUAGGAAGCAGAGGCAGAGUUGGCACUCCUACAGCAUCACUCAUGGCAGUGCUGAGGGCCCCAGGCUGAGGUAAAGCUUGGCUCUUGGUCUGGUAGGUGCAUGAUGAGGGGAGGCUGAGCAGGGCCAUGAGUGUCUUGGGGCUCAUGCUAACCCUGUGAGAAAGUUAGGGCUGAAAGGAAGGGUCUGACGUGCAUUCCAAGCUCUUGUUGGAGUGUGGUGUAGCAGGGUGUAUGGUGUCCCCACUGAUGGGGAACUGGAAGCAUUCUCAGGGUGGUCUUUUGAGUUUGUGCUUGCACUGGUGCCCUUAACUCUGACCAGCACUUCCUCUGCACUCUUCCAUUUCUUCCCAUCAUGACUGACUAUUGUCUGCUAUUUAUUUCCCAUUGUCCAAGAAGAACUGAGACUUUAUCUAGGUUGGUGCAGCUGGUCAUAACAGCUGCACAGAGUGUAUGAAAGGAGAUGGGGAUCUGAAAUCAGUAACCAUGGAGGGGGCAGCACACCACUGCUGAAUAGACCUUGAAAAAAGUUCAGAUCUAGCACUCUGCUUCAGGCCUUUAGAAAAGAAAGAGGCAGUUAUGCCUGUUUAUCUGUAUAAAUAUAUCUAUAUUUAGAUAAAUAUAUUUCAGAAUAUAGCAUAUGUUUUGUGGAAGUCAGUCUAGUAUACUAAUCAUUAUUUUUGUAACACUUACAUUCAUUUAGGAUUUUAAAUAGCUUCAUUUUGUUGACUACCUCACUUCGCAAACGAGUGAAUAAAUUCAAGAAGAAAGUCAAGUAGAAACUGCAAAUAUAGAAUAUCCUGCAUCAACUUAUUUACAAGAAGAGGGAAUUGGGAGAAGGGGUAAGCUUUUUUUCCUAGUUUGAAAGAAACAAAGAUAUUAAAUAGUAAUUAUAUUCAAAGUGCACAUAUCAGCUGGGGCAAGUAAUACUUUGAUAUCUUUAUUUCAUCAGUAGUAUAAGUUCAUUCUUUCAUUUCCUUUCCAAAGCAGAGAACAUACAUUGUGUACAAUAGCACAUGCUUCUGAGACAGAAAAGGCUGAUCUACGUUUAAUUUUAUUUUGCUCAGUUGGAACUUUGGCUCCCUGCCUCCUCUGGGGAGAAAGAAGAAAGAAAAAGAAAAAAAAAAAAGAAUGGCAACUUUUAUCCAAAUUUUGGUGCACUUCUGCUGAAAUUACAAGUGCUGACAUCUGGAUGAUACAUAAAGAGUGCAGUAGGAGUAGAGGGAGGGAAUUGCUUUUAAUUAGAUGUAACCUACCCCGGAGAACAAGACAGGGAAAUGUCCAUAUGGCCAGUUCUUAUUAAUAGGACAACAAAGGAUAAAUUUAUUUGCAACAUGCGAAGACAACAUUGUUGACCAUUUUUAUUAGAAUCCCAAGACAGCCUGAACGGUAAGUUGAGAAGUAAGACUUAGAAAGAAGCACCAAAAACAGUGAUAGUCUUUGCACAUUCUAAAGGAAAGAGUAAGCAAGUGUUGGGUGACCAUUUUUCCAUUUCACCAAUAGCAAUCAGAUCUGUUUGUAUUCAAAGAUUUAUGUAAAUUAUCACAUACUUUCUGAUUGCAGUGAACAAACAAGCAAACCAGAGUAUUUCCUGUGUCUUUGCAAAGACCAGUGCCAGGGCUGGGCUGGUGAUCCUAUAGUGUAGGGGUUCCCAUUGCUGUUGCAACCCAGAGAGUAGAUGCAUUACAGGUAGCUGCUUUCUGCAGCUUCCAGUGGUGUCUUGGUCUUUCUUCACAGCACAGCUGUCGUCUGACCCAGAACACAGCUUCUUGCUUUAAUGUUCUGUAGGGCCUGAAUGGAGCUAUGACCAAGAGCAACUAUUCUAUCCAGGCUCUAACAAGAAGAGUUUUGUGUUCUAGUUAACUUCGAUUUGUCCAGUUCCUGAAAAUGCAAAUGCCAUUGCCCGGCUGGUAGCAACUGUAACAAGGCCUCUGGGAGGCAAGUGGCAGGAAGAUGUAGAUAAAGGGAAAACAGAGGUCGCAAGAAGUAAGAGAGAUCGUCAUCACCACUGUUACUGCUUCACAGAAUUGUAAUCUUUUGUGAUCUCUUCAGAACAGGAGGUAAAUAAUAAAACACAGGGGAGGGAAACAUUUAAAAUAAAUGUAGUGUGUGAGUGCAUGUUAAAACAGAUGUCAGAUUAAAAAUAACUGAAAAGGAAAUUCUACUGUAGGGGGAAAGCUGCUUUUUCCUUCAGCAUUUUAUAUUCCACCUACAUUGGGCAGAAGGAGAAAGAACUGUAAAGGAAAAGGGGAAGUUUUGUUGGUUCCCUCUGAAUGCUAAGAGAAGACUAAUGUAAGUUUGGGGGCAUGUUCUGCAGUGCUGUGCUGCAGCAGUUCUCAGGGUGAAGCCCAGAAGCAGCAUGGAUGUUAAACAGAUGCAACUGCAUGUGCCAAGCUCUAGGAGUUGGAGCUUUAACUGCGGUGCUGCGUAUCCAGGUAGUUUCAUCCACUCCAUUCUCCUUCAGUCCCUUCAGGCUUGACAAGUCCUCUAAUGUUUAAAAAAGAAUAAACCCUGCAUCCUGCUAGGGUCAUAUUAUCCAGUAAUGCCCCUCUAACUAUAGAUUGACGCACCAGGGACAUUUUCUAGUUUCUUCAGCCCUCUUAAGCAGGCUACGUCAGUGUUUGAUGACAGCAGUGUGGGGUUCAUCUACACAAACAUAUUCUUCCCCACAUGGCUGCCAAAUCACACUGAUCAUCGAUGUUGGCAAGUACCCAUGAAAAUGGCAGUGCCACCCCAUGAAUCAGUCACAGCUCUCUUCUGCUAAAUGUGCUUCAUAAUGGCUCCUUGAAAUUGGUGAUCUGAAAAGCAACCUGGCCUGCACCUGUCUAAAGCCAAAGAAGCUUUAAAUAAACACUUCGGAGUUGUGCCGAGGUUGGACUAGGACCUUAAGUGCUAGCAUGUGUAGUCCAGUUUGUUCCCACGUAUUCCUACAGCAUUUCGGAAACAAAUUUCCACAACUCCUAUUUCUUUCAGAUGCUUAAGCUAAUGAGAAAGCUGCUGAGACAGAAGUAGAAAACAUCCUAGCAGUUAUCCCUGUCAGGCUGAAGGCAGAGUGGUUUCCCAGCUUUCAAAACUGGGAAACUGGGGUCAUACAGUAAUUGCCAGGGAUUUUCCUGAUGAGAAGUGCUAACAAGCAGGAGCAGCUCAUCCUUACAGAGGCUUAACCUGGAACAUCUCCAUCUGACCAGCUUGGGUUUUAGCAGGUGUGUUAGCAAUACAUGAGAGUCCUCUGCUUGUGAAAUGCCUUGCACUGGACUACAAUCAGAUCAGACUGUUUUAGUGUGCUGCAGAAAGGUAUUUAAGGCCACACACUGCGCUCAUAUCCAUUCUGUCCAGACUCAGUGUACCUGUCUCUGUGAGUUACUGAGAGAAAUGUCUCCAUGGCAGUGACUGCCCAAGCAGGCUGUGGGCAAGGUGCGAGGCUGAGGUCUCCAGGACCCUUCACUUGAUCUUCUGCUGUCCUUGUGCCAUUCAUUGCCCAUGUCUGCACCUCAUUGAAAACCUUCUGCUCAGAAUAAAUUAGUAAAUGGAAGUCACUUCAACUGCAGGAAGAUAACAUGUUGUUAGAUGAACAUGUGUUUUCUGAGUUGCCUCCACCAGGGCAGAUUUGUUUGUUAAGCAUUUAAUUCUAUUUCAUUUUCCUGAAUGGCUCUGCCAUUUUCUCCAUUAGAGGGCUGUAGAGCAGUGUGUUACAGUAUUUUAGAACACAAAUUGAUUUAAACCUAUUUAUAUAUAUAUACUUGGGGCCUAAUUUGCUUCUGUAUUUGCUCUUCUAAAACUCAAUGGGGUAUAAAACCAGUGCAAUACAGAACAAAAAUGUACAGCACUUUAGAAUACACCAGAGCUCAGGGUUUUGCUGGCAAUGUUCAGAAACUCAGAGCUGGUAAGGCUUUUAGACACGUGUGUGACGAGUGAGACAGAUGAGUGAGUCAGUUGCUGCUAGCAUGUUUGAACACACUACAGCUGGUCAAUAGGAUAUAUUUUAAGGAAAAGGUAGCAAAGAACAUGUGCAAAGCACAAGUAGAGCUUUGAAUUCUUAAGAACUAAAAGUAUUACAGGCAGUGGCUAGACUAAGAAUCAUAAAUGUUAUAGGCUCCAUUCUGCUCCAGCUGUGAUACUGACAAGAUAAUUGUAUAGGCUGCAAUUUUCUAAGUAGGCAUCUUCCUCAGUUGAACUUUAUUCUAUUUAAAAAAAAAAAAAAAAAAAA